AUGACCGAAAAAUCCAUCGAAUUAUCAGAUUUACCACCGGAAAUGCUGCAAUAUUUGGUGGAGAAAUGCGAUUUUGUUACAAGACGCCGACUCCGCGCUUCCUCCUCUCUCAUGUAUCGAGUCGUCGAUUCUACUAAACUAUACAUUCCAUCAGUUAAAAUGGUGAACUGGAAUGGAGGAGUGAUGACUGUGAAGCUUACAACCUUACCGUCCGACCCAUACAUGAUAGGAUUCCAGAAAAAUGAGACGGGCGGAACACUAAUUUGGUCCCAUUUUCAAAAGGGAGUGAUUAUUGAAAACUCGGAUUACAUGGACGAAGCGUUUGACUGGUUCAAGCAGAUGUGUCUCCAGAAAAAUGUCACUAUCGGAUGGUUUUACAUCUCUCCGAGUGACGACCCGAAAAAAAUGGCAGAAAAACUCGACGAGGUUCUGGGUAAAAGUGAAACUCCAUUGAAAAUCGAAUCGAUUUAUUGUGCGGGAAGAGAGUCUAGUGAUUCGAUGUGGAAGGUUAUGGAAUAUUGUGAUAAGAGACUAUUGAAAGAGAUGCAAAUUGACCAGCUUGAUGACGAGAUUUUCGAAUUAUUCGGAAAGCAGGACGAAAUUGUCAAAAAUUUGGAGAAGAUUGAGAUCAACUGUCUCUGCAAUGCCUCCGUUGAAGAGGUUCUAUCUCUCAACGCAUCUGUGAUCUCCUUGAAUUCCGAGAAUUUCACUGAUGAUUUGGUCUACAAACUCAUCGAAAAAUUCACAAACAGGAGAAAAGAUGGAUCAGCAUUCUGUAUUAAAAACUCGCAGAAACGAAAUUUGGAUUUGGAAAUGAUUCCGCCAGGAUUCAAGAAGACGGAUAGUACAAACAGAUUCAAAGAAUACCGCAACCAGCUCAUCAACACCAACCAUCCGACCGUUCACCUCCGUCUCCGUGAAGAUCGAGUUCGUCUUCAGAUCGGAGACACAAAAAUACUGAAUUUCUGGAAUGAAGAUGAGUCCGAUUCCGACACAAACGAUGAUUCUGAUUCUUCCUCUGGAUCGGCCAGUGAUUCUGACGCGAAUGAUGAUCUACUCGAUGAUAGAGCGUUCGAUGAAUCGGAUUUCGAAAACGAUGAAGACGAGUUCUAA